AUGGAGCAAAGCCCCUCUCUCACCAUCCUGCUGCUGGUACUGGGCCUCUCUCAGGCCCAAAUGGACCACAGUGGACCAGCCAUGUGGAUAGACCACCUUGAGGCUGUAGACAUCACUGAGAGAAUUCUGACCGCUAAUAACGGCUCUGAUGAGAUGCUGAUGGAGGGAGACCUGGUGGUGCCAAGAACCAGAAACGCCAUGCAGUGCAUGCAGGGAGGAAACAGCUGCCUGUGGAACAAAGCCUCUAACGGAUACGUUGAAGUGCCCUACACAACAGAAGACAGCAGAUUCACUCCCACCAACAGGAAGGAGAUUGAGCUCGCCGUCCAGUCGUUCCACAGCAAGACCUGCAUUCGCUUUGUGCCGCGUGGCAACCAGAAAGACUACAUCAGCUUUGAGAGUUUGAACGGCUGCUACUCCUCUCUCGGGAGAAUUGGAGGGAAACAGACGGUCUCUGUAAACAGCGUGGGCUGCAUCUUUCUCGGCAUCAUUCAGCACGAGACCCUCCACGCUCUGGGAUUCCAGCACGAGCACACCAGGAGCGACCGUGACCAGUACAUCAGGAUCAACUGGAAGAACAUCGAAUCUAACAACGCCUACAACUUCGAUAAACAAAACACCAACAACCUGAACACUCCCUACGACUACGGCUCUGUCAUGCACUAUGGAAAAACAGCCUUCUCUAUCAACGAGAAGGACACCAUCACCCCCAUCCCCAACUCUGACGUGUCCAUCGGCCAGAGACAGGGGUUGUCCACCACUGACAUCCUGAGGAUCAACCGACUCUACGGCUGCUGA